AUGGAUCCCAGAACCCAUAAGAUCUAUCAUGUACAUGGAUUUGAUUCCAGACAAUAUCUGGAGAGUUACUUCUCAGAUAAAAAAGAUAUGGUCUUUGGAGAUGAUACCUUGAUGUUUCCUCUUGAAAACUUAACAAAAAUGUUCAUAGAGGGUCACAUUAAUGGAGAUGUCCUGCUUGACCUCAGCGCUGGUUCCUUUGUUCAUCAACUCUAUGCCGCCUGUGAGUUUUUCCAACACAUCAUAGUCCUGAAGGCCAGUGACAGAUGCAUCAUGGAGCUGAAGAGAUGGCUGAAUACACGGACAGGAGCAUUCGAUUGGGGACAUGCCACAAAACUUCAUGGAGAGAUAGAAGGAAACAGUGACCGGUUUCAAGAAAAAGAAGAAAAAGUGAGAUCAACAAUUCCACAUGUUAUGAAAUGUGACCUUGAGAAGGAAAAUAUGACGGAUCCAAUAGUCUUACCACCAGCAGAUUGUAUCAUCAGCGCUGUGCUCCUAGAUGCUAUCUGUAAAAACCAAGAUGAUUACAGGAGAUAUCUCAGGAAGUUCUCCAGGAUGCUGAAACCUGGAGGACAUCUUUUAUUACUUGGGGCUUUAGGUACGACAUAUUAUACAGUCGGUAAAGAAAAGCUCCAUGCUUUCACAUAUGAUGAGGAUUUUGCCAGGAAAGCUCUAGCUGGAGAAGGAUUUGUUAUAGAUAACUGUAAGGUUAAGAAGAGAACAAAUGUGAGUGACCUUAUGGACUAUAAGGCCGUUAUAUUCAUUGCAGCUCACAAGGAGAAAUAG